AUGGCUGAAACUUCCAAAUAUCACUCUGCCCUCUCUGUCACCAACGUGAAGCAUCUUAUUCCUAUUACCUUGGACAUGGAAACGAGCCAAUAUCACUCAUGGGCAACCUUAUUUAAGGUUCAAGCCAAAAUUCAUUCGUGGAUUUAUGCCACUAUUUCUCCUGAUAUUCUCACAUCGAUACUUGUGGCUGAUGACUCUGCCGAAAAUGCUUGGCAACAUGUCGCUGACUUAUUUCAAGAUAACAAAAACUCUAGGACAGUCUAUCUUGAAACUCAGUUCACAAACACGAGUUUGGCAUAUUUCUCAACGACCUCCAUCUAUUGCAAUCGACUUAAAUCUCUUGCUGACCAAUUAUCCAAUGUUGGGGCUCCUGUUUCAGAUCAACAUUUAGUACUCCGCUUGCUUGUUGGCUUAACUGAAGGCUAUGCUGGUUUUGUCACGGUUAUGCAACAAAAGGAUAACUUGCCCAGUUUUGCUAUCGCAUGCUCUCGAUUGAAGUUGGAAGAAACCAUGAUUCAGGAGCGAGUAGCUCGUGCAUCUGGUUCCACCGCCCUUUUAACUGUGGAUGAUGGAUCCCCCUCACAGUCACAACCAUAUACCACUCACAAUACUCCUUCACUAGGACGUCAUAAUACAAACUGA